AAAAAAAUCCCAUGUUUUGCUUUGCCGUUUUUUUCCAAUUGAAUUCUGCAUCAAUGAAUUGGUUUGAUUGUAAUGAUCAUCUAUGAAUUGAGCAAAAGAAUUUGAUAAAGUACUCUCUUUCUCUCUCCGUGGAAUUUUGCAGUUUCAACAAAGUUUAUCUAAGACGAUGGCACAACAUAUUGAGAUUACCCGACUGCUCGAUCAAACUCCUCCGAAGGAUGAGUCGCCAUCUCGCCCGCAGUUGCUAAGCCCCUCACCCGCUGUUGCUGCUUCCUUCUUCGCCUUUGUCGUUGCCAGUCAUCGAGCUCGAGCGAUACAAGAAGGCAGGGAAGCGGAUUAUGUGAUCGAGAUAAAGACAGCAGAUGUUCAAAAUCCAGUAUUUGAUGAAGGAUUGUCUACCGAAUCAUGUACCAUCUUUAAAGUAAAUGCGGGACUACAUGAAUCAAAUCCAAAUGCGUAUAGGCCAAAGUUGAUCUCCAUCGGUCCUUACCAUAAAAACAAUCCGAAACUUCGCUCGAUGGAAAAGUAUAAACUGCGUUACCGACAACGGUUUCUCCGCAGGAAAAAGACGAUUGAUUUGGAAAGUUGCAUUAGAGAAUUGGAGGGACUGAAGGAUGAAGCACUUAAGUGUUAUGAUGAUAUAGAUGAGGAUUUUAACAAUGAUAGUUGUAGGAAAUUUGUGGAAAUGCUGUUGCUUGAUGGCUGUUUUGUGGUUGAAUAUAUCCGUGAGUUCUGUAAAAUGGUGCCGGAGGGAGAAGACAAAAUUAUCAAAGCGGCUUGGAUGGAAGUUCUUGUAGAUCGUGACUUGUUGCUACUAGAAAACCAACUCCCUUUUUUUAUCCUCGCCAAACUUCAUGAGAUGACUACGGAUCAUGACGUCCCAUUCAUAGAGAUGGUGAAAUACAACUUUGCUACUAGUUUACCGAAGGUGACUCCUAAAUUCAUAAGGGAAACUGAUGGGAAUGCCAAAGAAGUCAAACAUUUACUUCAAGUAAUACACAUGUGUUGUUGCCCUUCAGGAAUGAAUGCUAGCCUAACUGGGAAUGCUAGCAAUAAAUUAAAACAUGGCAAGAAAAGUUUUAACUGGCCUUCGCAACUAAUUUGGACCAACAAAAAGCAACAAAUUGAGGAGGAUGACGACAUAUGGCACGACCGCAUGCGAUGUGCAACAGAGCUUGAGGAAGCAGGAAUUAAAUUUUCAAGAACUGGGAAAAUUUAUAGAAGGUUGAACAAGGACAACGAGGAGGAUUGUAUAAGUUUAUUUGAUAUCAAGUACGACAAGGAAUUGAUCGAAAUUCCUUGUUUUGAGGUGGUUGAUAGUACGGAGACCGUUUUGAGAAAUUUGAUAGCUUACGAGCAACACUCUAUUGGUGUACAUCAUAAAUAUUUCACAGAUUAUGUAAUUCUUAUGGAUCGUCUAAUCAACUCUGAAAAAGAUGUGAAGUUGUUUCGCUUGAAGGGAAUAAUCAGAAACCGAAUAGGCGAUGACAAUGAAGCAGCUAGCAUCUUUAACAGACUUGGAGAAGGAGUGAUCCCUUCAACUCAGUUCUAUUACAAAGAAGCAUGCAAAAAGGUGGUUGAGCAUUGUGAAAAACCAUGUAGUGAAAGGAAGGCAAGUUUUUGGCACAAUUACUUUAAUGGUCCUUGGGUGGGACUUUCAACUGCAGCUGCAGUAAUCCUCCUUUCGCUCACAGUUAUGCAAACAGUAUUAACUUUCAUAAGUACUCUUAAGUAGUCGCUGUAAUCAUAUACUAUGAUCUACCGAGUUUGUAUAGUCUAAGUUUGUGCACUGAUGAUUUUCUUAUGGACCAAGGGUGAGUGUGACUUAAAGUUAUGGAUUUAUUUAUUUUUUAAAAAAUAAUAGUUAAAUUGUACUUUCUUGA